AUGAUGGAUGCUAAUACUGCUUAUUUGUAUGAUGAUUCAUCAUUUAUAAGUAAAAAUAUUUUAUCUUCUGGAAAUAUAAAAAAAAAUGAAACAUUUAAUGUUACUAAUGAAGAAAAUAUUACAACAGAUGUUGAUGCAACUGGAGGAGUUAAUUCUGUAACAAUAUAUUUAAUGGAUAACUCAUUUUUUACUAUAAAUUUAUUAAGAAAAGGUCCCUUGACUGGAUCUCAAAUUCUUUUUGAAUUUUCUUUAUUUAUUGGUGGAAGAUUUAAAGUAGUAAAUGAAAUGUUUAGUUUAUGGAUGAUUUCACCUUUAUUAGAAAUAUUAUUAGGAGGAGAUGACAAACCAAGUGAGGUACGAGAUAAAUGGGAAAUAUUAUUAAAAAAAUAUUCAUGGAAGUAUAAAAAAUAUCCAAAAGUUGAUGUGCCUUGUUUAGUUAUUAGGAGAAAUUUUUUAAUGUCUAUAUAUAAAGAAGUAGAGAUAUUAAAUUAUUAUCAGAAAAAUAAAUAUGAAAUAUAUAGUUUUUUUAUUAAGAUUCUUUUUAUGGAUGCCAAAGAUGAAUAUUUAAGGGGACGUUAUUUAGUUGAAAAGGAAAAUGAAAAUGAAUUGACACAAAUAUUGGUUUUCUUAAGUGAAUAUGAAGUGGGUACUAAUAAGGCUAAUCAAAAUAUAUUAAAAGAAUUAAAUAAAUCAUUGAGACCUAAACAUCAUACAUCAUACUCCUCUUUUUUUCAUGAUGUUUCAUUUAAAAAGAUAAAAGAGGUAUUUAAUGAAUCUUAUUCUUUUAAUACCAAUACUUCUUUGUCAUUUAAUAAAAAAGAUUCACCAAUACCAUUAAUGGUAUCAUUUUUAGAUAAAGUAAGAACAUUCUCAACAUAUGGAUCUAUUUUUUAUAAAUGUUAUCUAUCUAAAGAAUCAAUUAAAUAUUUAAAAGGACCUGUUAUAAAAGAUACAAUAUUUUCAAAAAUAUCACAAUAUCUUCCAACAACAUUCCAUCCAGUUAUUGUUUGGGUUAAUACACAUUCUCUUGGAAUAUAUGAAAAAAAAGAUUAUAAUGUUAUACAUAGUACCUCAAUAUCAAAUGUCAGGUGGACGGUUUCACCAGAAAUAGAUAAUCAUAUUCAAUCUGUUUACCUUUUUCAUGACAAAGGAAGUAGUAAUUUUACAGAAAUAGCCGGUGAAAGUGCUUUUCUUCUUCACCUGGCUUUAUCAAUUAUUACUACCACUAACAACAAUAAUAAUAAUAAAGAUAAAUUUUAA